CCUAUAUCUGUCUAUUUAGGGUAUGCCUGAAGUUGUUGCUUAAUUUAUGAGCCUGAUUUGCAGCCCUUCUGUUGUCUAUUUUACGUGUAGGUGUAAGGCUCCCGCACACAUCCUUGAAAAGGACAAUCUGCGUGUCUACAGUCACAUGUCAGAAGUUUUGAACCCCGCGCGGGGAAAACCAUCACCAGAUUCUCAACACCAAUACUUUGACCACCCAUCACAAUGCCAAUACUGCGUCGAUUUGGACAGUAGUUAUGAAAACGCUCGCAGAGGGCCGAAUAUUAGUCUGAAAGAUUGCUAUAAAAUCAAUGCCAUGUCGCAGUUUUCCAUCGAUAUACAGCGGCUACGCUUGCCGCAACAAAAUACACUACCCGUACCUAUACCUCUCAGCCCACAACACAGAAGCAACCUCGGUCAGGUCGAUCUAGCGUACUAUCACGUCAUUAGGAGAAGCUGGUUUAUCAAGCUGCUCAAAAAACACCAAAAAUUGAGUAUCAAACCCUUCAGAAAGUAGCACAGCUUGCAAAUUUAGACACCCCUAUUAAGAAGCCACCUAUUCGUUCUACACUCUACUGAUGCCUAAAGCAACAAGGCCUUACUAAUUACUGUACCAAACGGCGUCCUCUCCUCCAUCUCCAUCUUAUCUAAGCUUCUCUGGGAGGUACUGCUACUUUCUAUGGCAUCGCCGCACAGUCAAGUUCUCAGAUGAGGGCUCAGUCCAGAAGGGCUCAGGCCAUAAUCAGUAGUGGGUGU